UAAUGGAUUUGGGGAAUCUCCAUUUCCAACAUUUAAUAAAAUAUCUCAGUAGCUUCUUGUGUCGUUUUUCAGUUAUAGUGAUGGUGUCCAAACCACUGGAAAGGCCGCCCAUGUAUUAGUCACAUUAGUUGGGCCCAGUUCGAGGCAAUCGGAAAUAUUUUUUUUUAAUUUAAAUUCUACAUACAUUCACCAAAAAGUCUUCCAAUGCACAACGAGUGGAUGUUACAAAUCACAACUAAAAUGUCAAUGUUGGGUUACAAGUCUUUAUUUUUCACACUACGAACAGUUUCCUGCAGAGCAUGUGACUGCCCGCUGUCACUACUCCAGCAUUCAGUAAGAUCUCAUUCACUUGUGCCUAGUUCUGCAAUAAAUGGAGCACCAUUCUCUCAAUCACCAAAAAAGUAUAACAAAUAUUCAACCUACUGUGGAAAAACCCAGAGAAACUUGUCAGCAGUGGCAAGUUCACAUUUUGCCUCAAAACAACAGAGACCAUUAUCCAGGUUUGAUUUUCUGGAUUUAGGGGACAUUGAAGAACUCACUAAAAAGGGAAAGCAGAAAAGAAAGUUUAUUAUCAAUCCCGAUCUGGCAAAUGUAGUUACAGAAUGUCUUGAUGAUGAUCUUUCUGAAGAUAGAGCCAUCUUGUUUGAGUGUAAUCCAGGCCCUGGUGUUCUCACUCGUUCAUUGCUGAAUGCUGGAGCACGUAGAGUGAUAGCUCUGGAGAGUGAGAAGCAUUUUUUGCCUCAUUUACAGUCUCUAGAAAACCAGCUCGAUGGGCAGUUAAAGGUGGUUCAUUGCGAUUUCUUCAAACUGGAUCCAAUUGGCCAUGGCUCAAUGACACCUCCAGCUAUGUUUUCUGAGAAGCUUUUCAGUGACCUGGGGAUAUCAGAGGUACCUUGGACUGCAGAUAUUCCAGUAAAAGUGGUUGGUAUCUUCUCUCAAAAGAAUGAGCGCAACAUGCUUUGGAAGCUCAUUUACUCUCUGUUUGAGCGGAUCUCUUUGUUCCAGUAUGGAAGAGUGGAACUUGACAUGUUCAUUAGUGAAAAAGAAUACACGAAACUGAUAGCACAGCCUGGAAAUCUGAGGCAUUAUCAGGCACUGAGUGCGUUGUGGCAGAUGGCCUGUGAUAUACAGCUGUUACACAUGGAACCGUGGUCAUCUUUUGUUACAAAUUCAAAAAAUGGUUCUGGAGGACCAAGAAAGGGGACGUUAACAAAUGAUCAUCUGUGUCUUGUGCGAAUGACUCCACGCAAGGACUUAUUUAACGAGACUUUGACAACUGCCAAUUCUGCGACACUAGUUUUGAUGAUGAAACAAUGUCUUACAAAACGCAAAGCAAAACUGAUUGACCAACUAAACUCUUGGAGUCCUGGAUGUGGAGAGAAAUUACUAUUGCAGUUGGAUAUACCAAAGAACAUUUUCACAGGUCAUGUGUACCCUGAUGUAUACAAACAGCUUUUUCAAGCAAUGGAACAUUCACAAGACUUCAGGCAAAGCUGGUUAUAUAAGGAGAUUUUAGAGAACAUAAACUCCACUUUGCCACACUUUGAAUUAUAACUGCUCUGUUCUUCAAUCCCGAAUGACAAAGGUGUGUGAAAGGCAUGCAGAUGUAAUUGUUAAUUAAGAAUCUUUUUUUAAAUUGGUUUGUGUACAUUGGAAACAUUUUUAGGUUUGAAUGUUAACAAUUGUACUUUCUAUAUUUUCAUUUCUACCCUGUUCUCUCAUGUCCUCUUACCUUCUGUAACCAAGAAGAUGUUUGCUCAGUAACCACAAUCCUCAAAGUAAAUAUUGAAGACCAGAGUCCAGUCAAAUGACAGUGAAUAAUGAAGCGUCAUCUCCUACAGAUCAGUUAUAUUUACAUUAUGUAUUUUAAUUUGUACAUUUGUAAUUAUUUAAUAUCUCCAAAUUAAAUGUUUUGGGUUA